AUGAUGAACCAGCAGCAGGCCAACAUGGCCGCAAUGCAACAGCAGGGCGGUCCUGUUGGAGGCACACCGCUGAUGCAGGCCGGUGGCGCGCGAAACUCUAUGGAUCCGCAGACCAUGCUGAACACGUACAUCUACGACUACUUCCUGAAGAACCACCACUGGGAUCUCGCCCGCCAGGUCAAGGAUGCGCUUGUCAUCAACAUCGGGCCUGCCACGAAGCCCAGCCCCGGCGGCCGGCGCGACGUAAACGGCGUGGACGACAUGGACACUGACAACAAGGACGAAAUGCACAAACGCCCCGACGAUCUCCCUCCGGCCGCCGUGCCCAUCGACCCCUCCGAGAACUCCUUCCUGUUUGACUGGUGGCACCAGUUCUGGGACAUCUUCAACGCGCAGCGCCAGCGCUCGAAGCCGGGCUCGGCGCAGCUGCAGUAUUUGGCUCACACUAGGCAACAAGCCCAAUUGAGGCAGGAAAGCCAGCAGCGCCUCAUGAUGACAAAUAACACGCAACCGUACAGGGGCAUGAUGGGUAUGCCCACCAAUGCCAAGGAGAUGCAGAUGAGGAUGAUGCAGAAUCGCGGACCAAUGAAUGCACAGCAGCUCCAGCAGAUGAAGAACCAGCAACAGCAAAUGAUGCAGAAUCAACAGAUGCAGCGGGACGGGUCGCAGAUGGACAUGAACCAGCGUCCGCAGUCGCCCGGUUCGGCCGAGAACGCGCCCUCGCCGAACAAGCGUCCACGUCUUGAGAACGGGUUCAACGGCCAGCAGAUGGGCCCUGGCGCAAGAAGCCAGGGAAUGCAGCCGCAGCAGAUGGGUGCGACUUCUGCAGCCCAGGCUGGCCAGAUGCUCAUGGCGAACGGCAUCGACCCAAGCAUGACGCCGCAGCAGUUUAAUGCAUUCCAGGGGCAGAAUCCCAAUGUGCAGGCAAAGGGUCUACAGGUAUAUGCUCAAAAUCUUGCCUUGCAGCAUAAAGCAGCCUUGAAUAACCAACAAUUGGCAAAGGAAAUGAACAACGCCGGAAUGCAAAACUCCCCCAUGGCUCAGCAAGGCGCGGAUGGCUCGCAAGACUUCUUCCAGGGCAAUGCUAACGCCCGUAUGCAGCCAGGCGCCCCCGGCCAACAACCCGCCGGUAACCAUGCGCUGCAAGACUACCAGAUGCAAUUGAUGCUCCUAGAGCAGCAGAACAAGAAGCGUCUCCUCAUGGCGCGCCAGGAGCAGGACAACAUCACCCAACAUCCCGCCUCUGCUCCAGUCGGUCAGCCGGGUUUCCCGCCCGCAAUGUCGCCUCAGGGUAGCAGGGCUGGUCCGUCGCCCAAUCCCAAUGAUCAGAUGAAGCGUGGCACUCCGAAGCUGAACCAGGCGGGCCUGCCUGGCUCGCCGAUGCCGGAUGGGUCGAUGCCGCAGAACAGGAGCUCACCGCUACCGAACGGGUUUGAUCCCAACCAGAUGCCGCCGGGCAUGCCGCCACAGUUCUAUCAGGGACAGAUGGCAAACGGCAUGAUGAGACCACCAAGCUCGCACCCCGGCUUCCAAGGGCAGAUGCCGCAGCAGCAAAUGGAGAUGCUCGCCCGGAACGGUGGGCGGAUGCCAAAUGGAGGCAUGUGGCCUCAAGGCGGACCUCCCCAGAUGAUGCAGCAGGGCCAGCAACAAGGAGGUCCGCAGCAGGGCCAGGGCAUGCAGCCGGGUCAGCAACAGGGGCCGCCUAUGGGUACUCCUCAGCAGAGGAACCAACAGAUGCCUCCUCCGCCGGCUCCCUCUGCUGGCAAUGAGAACGGCCGGACCCAGCCCUCUUCUCCCGCUCAACCCCAGAAUCAACCUCCUACUCCUUCGCAGGGCAACAAGCCGAAUCCCAAGAACAAGAAGAAGGACGACAAGAAGACUGCCCCAUCCAAACCGCCAGCUGCCGCCAAUGCCGCGAACAAGAAGGGUUCAACAACGGGUGCUACCCCGGCCUCGGACGCCGAGAAUCCUCCGCCAACACCCACGCCCACUCAACAACCCAACCCUCAACAGCAACCGGCCGCUCCCGCGAACCAGCCUCCUCAGGUGCCCGCCCAGCCCCCAAUGGAUCCCAACGCCAAUGCUCCAUUUGGCGAUCUUGGCAACGACAGCAACGGUACUUUCAACCUGGACUUUGGCUCUAUGGACAGCGGCGAUGUGCUGGAGAACUUCGAUUUCGAUACCUUUUUGCACACUGAUGAUCCCGGCUCCAACGCCUUCACUUUCGAUCAGGCUUUCCUAGGUGAUGGAGUUGAAGCAGACGCCCUAUGA